GCCAAUUUAAAACAGUUUUCCAGCCGCGGGAAGGAUUCCACGAUGGGGCCUGGAGCAGACCGGAAAGCGUCCUAUGAAGACUCCUCUGGGGAAAAUGGGGAGGUUGUCAGCACAAUUUCCAGCAGCAUGAACCCACUGCAGCCUCCAGACGCCUCCUCUGAGGAGCCCUUUACCACCUACUUCRACAGCAAGAUCCCGAUUCCUGAGGAUGAAACGCACUCGUGCUUCAGCUUCCGCAAGCUCUGGGCCUUCACGGGGCCCGGCUUCCUCAUGAGCAUUGCCUACCUGGACCCGGGCAACAUCGAGUCGGAUUUACAGUCCGGCGCUGUCGCAGGAUUUAAGCUGCUGUGGGUGCUGCUGCUGGCCACGAUCAUCGGGCUGCUGCUGCAGCGGCUGGCGGCCAGGCUGGGGGUGGUGACGGGGCUGCACCUGGCUGAAGUCUGUAACCGGCAGUACCGGAAGGUUCCUCGGAUUAUCCUGUGGCUGAUGGUCGAGCUCGCUAUCAUCGGAUCCGACAUGCAAGAAGUCAUUGGCUCAGCAAUCGCCCUGAACCUCUUGUCUAUGGGGAAGAUCCCGCUGUGGGGUGGCGUGCUCAUCACCAUUGCUGACACAUUCGUGUUUCUCUUCCUGGACAAAUACGGCUUGCGAAAACUGGAAGCGUUCUUUGGCUUUCUGAUUACCAUCAUGGCCAUUACGUUUGGAUACGAGUAUGUUACAGUAAAGCCAGAUCAGGGGAGCCUGCUGAAAGGGCUGUUYGUCCCAUACUGCCAGAACUGCGGCACGGCCCAGCUGGAGCAAGCCGUGGGGAUCGUGGGCGCUGUUAUCAUGCCGCACAACAUGUACCUGCACUCCGCGCUCGUCAAGUCCCGGCAGGUGAAUCGUGCAAAUAAGAGRGAAGUGAAAGAAGCCAAUAAAUAUUUCUUCAUCGAGUCCUGCAUAGCUCUCUUCAUCUCCUUCAUCAUCAACAUCUUUGUUGUGUCUGUCUUUGCUGAGGCUUUCUUUGAAAAGACAAAUGCAAACGUGAGCGCGGUGUGUGCCAACGCCAGCAGCCCACACUCCUCGCUGUUCCCGAGCAACAACGAGACGCUGGAGGUGGAUAUCUACAAGGGGGGCGUUGUUCUGGGGUGUUACUUCGGCCCUGCUGCUCUCUAUAUCUGGGCAAUCGGGAUCCUCGCUGCAGGCCAGAGCUCAACGAUGACAGGGACAUAUUCUGGACAAUUUGUCAUGGAGGGCUUCCUGAAUCUGCGCUGGUCCCGUUUCGCCCGCGUGCUGCUGACCCGCUCCAUCGCCAUCACCCCCACCCUGCUCGUUGCCAUCUUUCAGGAUGUGGAGCACCUGACUGGCAUGAAUGACUUCCUAAAUGUCCUUAUGAGCCUCCAGCUUCCUUUCGCUUUGAUCCCAGUCCUGACAUUCACCAGCCUGCCCAGCGUCAUGAACGAUUUCGCCAAUGGGUUGUUCUGGAAGAUCGGCGGCGGCGCCGUGAUCCUUUUGGUCUGCUCCAUCAACAUGUACUUUGUGGUGGCCUAUGUCAUGGCCCUCAACCACCUGGCUCUGUACAUCGGUGCUGCGAUUCUCAGCGUCGUCUACCUGUCCUUCGUGGCCUAUUUGACCUGGCUGUGUCUGAUCGCCCUGGGAGUCUCCUUCCUGGCCUGUGGCAGAACGUGUCACCUGGGCCUCGCCGCUCACCCCGAGCUCUUCCUCCUCAACAACGUCGACACAGACGCCCUGGUGACCAGAUGACGCCGGCAGCAGCCCUAAGAGCAGAUUGGGUUUUAAUGGAAAGCGCUGCAGAAAACGAUUCCCAUCACUCGUGGCCAGCACGGAACCGCCCACGGCCGCGGCUCGCAGGGAGAAGCCGGGAUUUCUUCCAGGCAGGAUCACRAGAGGAAACGGAACAGGAGCACUGAGCAGGACCCGCAGAGCCUGCGCGUCUCAGCACCCACCGAGAUGCCCACAGGAGCGAAGACCUGGGUCCAAACCGCCUCUGGGCACCGCUGGCAGCAGGGUCACACUCUUGCUUUUUAGGUACUUUUGAAAUUUUAAUAAUUUUAGCAAUUUCAUCUGAUCGGGAGAGGGAUUCGUCGAUGUUACUGAUUUAGAUUCAAACUUCUCCCGCCUGAUGAUAGAUCCAGUUCGCCACGCAUCAAUUAUUUUUCCUACUCUGGGCAAAUGGCCAAUGCGGCCAGCUGAGCAGCCGCAGUGUCUUCCCAUUCCCAUGCGGUUCCUCGGGAUUUUACGGACGAGGUGGGUGCAGGAGAGCGYGGUGAGGAGACACGGAGCUCAUCCUCGCGGGCAACCCGUGCUGCUCCCCACAAACCCGCGUUUGUUUAGCAGAUAUCGGGGCGUUCUGGGCUGUAACGUCCCCCCCUGCCUCCACUGCGGCUCUUUGGMGGCUCCUUUCCGCCGGCAUCUCCGGAGCUGCCGCAAUCCCUACGCGCUCGUCCCUACGGCGGGAUGCUCCGGAUCCCCGGCCCUGCUCCGGGGCCGCUCCGCACAGAGCACUSCGGUUUGGUGGCAUUUCCACAAGAUCCGGGUGUUGCCGGGGAGCCUUUCCAGGCUCCGGGAGGCCCCCAAACAAGGAGCUUAAGGCUCCGAUGGCAACGYGCUUGUUUUUCCUCUCUUUUUCCGCAUUGAUCGUUUUGCAAUGACACUGUUGAGUCCGCAGACCGAGGCUGCUUUUGGACAUGUUUUUACGUGUCACAUCACGGGUUUCUUUUAAUUAAAUCUUUGUUCUGUUUCA